AUGGAUGCUGGACUCACAGGCAAGGUAGAAACGUCUUCACAAAGAACUAUAACAUUGGAGUCCCUAUUAGAUGCACAGGCACCAAAAGGCAGCUUUCAAGAGCACGGAUGUAAUCGAAAGGCAUCGGAAACAGACGUCUUCGUGCUCCACCCCGUGCCUGUCAGCAAGCAGCCACGUGGACAAAUGUCUCGGGUCAAAGAAGCCUGUCUGGAGUUGGUCGCUAUUCUCCUGCAACAGGAUGUCAAUGGGUUCUUCCAUUUUGUGCCGAAAAGGGUUGGACAGCUGGCCUAUGGUACUCACCUCUCACCAAGUGGUGGCUAUCGCGAGGACCGUCGCAAUCGGGUUAUCCCUUACACAUACCUUAACUAUGGUCCAUUUGCGAGUUUUGGACCCACUUUUGACAGCGGUGCUUCCAACUGCAGUCCAGAAGCGAAUCAACUCCUUCUCUCGACCUCCUGGCUCCCCGCCCGCAUGCUCUACUCUCUUGAGUCACGUGGGGAUUCCGAGAAAAGCCAUAUCAAUGAGUGCCCGUGGAGCAAGCUCCGUUGUGUUGUUGAAGCAGAGGACGAUGGGGAAUUGCAGGCUGCAUUGUCUGACUGUGCGGCAGAGUGGAAAGAGGCGCAGGAUUCGAGCGAGGUUUUGGACGAAAUCAUUCCGUCGGUGAUAUGUGGCGAGCAUCCCGAUGGGGACUUCGGGCUGUAUCUUGCCAAUGCCAUUACUAGGAAUCUGCCUAAAGUUUCGGAAGGUGUAGAAAUGGUGGAAUUGUCUACUGAGGCUGCUACCAUAACACCAGAAAUAACUGCAUUUGAUGACGAGGAUGGAUCAAAUGAGGUCUCGGAUUCUGCAAACGCGCAUUUACUGGCGGAGUCGGCGCGUCUGUUGCGAGACCUUUACAAUGCCCAGCACCGGCGUCUUAGCGAUUUUUCAGCCCCAGCGUUGGCUGAGGAACGCAACCUGCGGCCUUGUGGUCGAGAAGUGCUGGCAGCCACGCACUUGGCUGAUAAUUUAGUCAAAACUGUGGGUCGUCUUAGCCAAGGGCCAGCUGAUAUCCUUCCUUCAAGGACUCCUGUUCGUCGAGCACUCGGUCUUGACUUACAAUUACAUGAUGCUAUUGCUGAUGCCGUUGAUAUCCAGUCAUCGUGA